AGGCGGCCGCGGCGCGGGGGCUCGGGCCAUGCGGACCCGGGCGGCGGGAGCGGCGGCCCGCGGAUCCAAUUGAACUCAGUGAAUCAGCAAGACCGACACCAUGAAGAAGCACAGAGUCCUUUUCUUAUCUUGUGCGUGAGGGGGGAAAAAGGUUUAAAAAAGUCACUUGAGUGGUGCUUCCUGACCAAUGGAGAACUAUUUCCAAGCAGAGGCAUACAACCUGGAUAAGGUUUUAGAUGAAUUUGAACAGAAUGAAGAUGAGACAGUUUCUCCUGCAAUAUUGGAUAAAAAAUGGAAUCAGCUUCUAGACCCUCAUCUGCUGUCAUUUAGCCCGGCUCUGGCCAGUGUGAAUGAAACAGCAAUUCCAAGUGAGUCACAGCGGACACGGAAAAUCUUCUCUCAGGCUCAUUCUCCCCUCCUUCCAUCUGUGGAAGGAGGGGAUCAUUGUCCUAAUGGAAGAGAGAGUGCUGUAAAUCCGGAGACCUCCACCAUGUGCAUUGAAGAUCAGGCUACUGCAGAAGAGCAGCUGAUAAAGAGCAGCAAUAACUGGGAUGACCAGUGUGGUGUUGUGGAUGCAGGAGAGGAGAAACUUGGAAAUAGAGACAGUCUGCCUGAAGAUAAAAACAUUCUUGUUGUAGCUGUCAUGCAUAAUUGUGACAAAAGGACUCUGCCAAGCGCUGAUUUACUGGAUUGUCAUGACUACAAUAGCCAUUCGCUAAUGGAUACUCUUAGCUUUACACUGGAUGAUGAAAACAGCGAUCCCUUUAGUGUUACUAUCAAUGGGGCUGAUGAAAAAGACAUGAACUUGGAGAAACCAGGGGUCCAGUGUAACCAGCUGCAUGCUGAGGAUGAUCCUGUUAGCCAUCUCUGUAAUGUUUCGCCAGAGAGUCACUCUGAUGUCUGUUCCCUCUCUCAUUUAAAAGACGAUCUUAAUCCAAGUAGAGAUCCUCCCGUUUUAGAAAAUGCAAGUGGAGGGACCAGUACAGUGACCCUGUCCCACGGAACAGCUGAAGGUUCUGCUGCUGACGUGCAGGGGAGUUGUAAACCAGUUGAGGCUUCUGCUGGGAAAGCCAGCUCUCCAAGGACAGAUUUAGAGACUACAAAUGGCAUGACCCAUUUGAGUGAGAAGGGUUCAAUGGAAGAGGAGCCUCCAGAUGAGAGAACAGCUGGAGAACCCUUCCAGCCUGGGCUACCUCUGUUUUCUGACCCCGACCAACUGAAUGUGUCUGAAAGGGAUGAUUGCUGUGAGCAGGCUUCCUGUGGGCUUGCCCCUAGUGAAACCAGGGGAGACGAAAGCCAAGGUGGUGAACUUGGACACACUCUGGCUACAAGCGAAUCACUCAGUGCAGUGGGAUGCUUUUCAGCAUCUGAGGAGGUGACUCAUGGGGAAUUGACUAAACCGAAUGAAAUGAGUAGUAGCCCAACAAGUGGACAGAGUGAGAGGCUUCUGCCAGGGAGCCGGCCUGGGGAGGAGGCUUGUGGUGAUAGUGGGGAAAAUGAGGAGGCCACCUCAGAGUCAGGUGUCCCUUUAAAAGGAACUUGUAUAGAGGAGCUUGAGGGCUAUGGUUUCCCUGCUGUUCUGGACAUGCCAGCAGCAAAUUCUCUGUCUAAUGGUUGUGAUUCCUAUGGAAUGCUAAACCCAGUUAUUGCUUGUAUUCCAAAGACUUUACCCUCCAAGGAAGAUUCAGUCACAGAGGAAAAGGAAAUUGAGGAAAGUAAAUCAGAAUGCUAUGGGAAUGUUUAUGAGCAAAGAGGAAAUGAGGCCUCAGAAGGGAACGGGCUUGUCUUAAGUAGCACUAGUGACCAAAUGAAAAAAAACUAUGUUCGUAAUCUCUGUAGUCAGGUCCCAUCUAUUCAGGGGCAAUUAUCCCCUCAAGUAGUAGCUAAUGUGCCACCCAUCAGUGUUCCCUUUGGUGGUGCCAGACCGAAGCAACCAACCAAUCUCAAGCUUCAGAUUCCAAAGCCAUUGUCAGAACAUUUACAAAAUGACCUUCCUCCUCACAGUGGCACUAAUGCUAAAAACAAAAAUGAUGUAUUUGGGAAAUCAAAGUUAGGGGAAAACUCAGCAGUAGCUAUAUUCCCUAAUGAGACACUUCAUUCCUCUAUUGCUGAUGCAAAUGGGGACCUUGUAGAAGAUGAUGAGGCUGUGGUCUCGAGUAGUCCGUGCCUUGCAGUAGCCGCAGAUAGUCCUGAUAAUGAUCUUAGAGCUGCUCAGUUUGGUAUUCCUACCAGAAAGCCGUUUACCACCCUGGGCGAAGUGGCUCCUGUGUGGGUCCCGGAUUCUCAGGCUCCAAACUGCAUGAAAUGUGAAGCCAGGUUUACCUUCACCAAGAGGAGGCAUCAUUGCAGAGCAUGUGGGAAGGUUUUCUGUGCUGCAUGUUGUAGCCUGAAGUGCAAGUUGCUAUAUAUGGAGAGAAAGGAAGCCAGAGUGUGUGUGAUCUGCCAUUCCGUGCUCAUGAAUGCUCAAGCCUGGGAGAACAUGAUGAGUGCCUCAAGCCAGAGCCCUAACCCUAACAAUCCUGCUGAGUACUGUUCUACUAUCCCUCCCUUGCAGCAAGCUCAGGCCUCAGGAGCACUGAGCUCUCCACCUCCCACUGUGAUGGUGCCUGUGGGAGUUUUAAAGCACCCCGGAGCAGAAGUGGCUCAGCCCCGAGAGCAAAGGAGAGUGUGGUUUGCUGAUGGGAUCUUACCUAAUGGGGAAGUUGCCGACGCAGCCAAAUUAACAGUGAGUGGUCCUUCUUCCACGGGAGCCUUGGCUGUGUCGCAUGACCCAGCUCAGCCAGUGAGCAGCAGUCCACUGGCAGCAGAGACUGAUAUUUCUUCAUUCUCGGGGAGUAUAACUCAGGUGGGAAGUCCUGUUGGAAGCGCAAUGAAUCUAAUUCCAGAAGAUGGCCUCCCUCCCAUCCUCAUUUCUACUGGGGUCAAAGGAGAUUAUGCUGUGGAGGAGCGCCCUUCCCAGAUCUCUGUAAUGCAGCAGCUGGAGGAUGGUGGCCCUGACCCACUGGUGUUUGUUUUAAAUGCAAAUUUGCUGUCAAUGGUUAAAAUUGUUAAUUAUGUGAACAGGAAGUGCUGGUGCUUCACCACAAAGGGCAUGCAUGCAGUGGGACAGUCUGAGGUUGUGAUCCUUCUUCAGUGUUUGCCUGAUGAAAAGUGUCUGCCCAAGGACAUCUUCAGUCACUUCGUGCAGCUCUAUCGCGAUGCGCUAGCAGGGAACGUUGUCGGCUGUUUGGGACACUCCUUCUUCAGCCAAAGUUUCCUGGGCAGCAAAGAACAUGGUGGAUUCUUGUAUGUCACAUCAACCUACCAGUCGUUGCAGGACCUGGUGCUCCCAACUCCACCAUACUUAUUUGGGAUUCUUAUCCAGAAGUGGGAAACUCCUUGGGCAAAAGUAUUCCCCAUCAGACUGAUGCUGAGGCUGGGAGCUGAAUACAGACUCUAUCCGUGCCCCUUGUUCAGUGUCAGAUUUCGGAAGCCAUUGUUUGGAGAGACGGGACACACAAUUAUGAAUCUUCUAGCAGACUUCCGAAAUUACCAGUACACGCUGCCCGUGGUUCAGGGUUUGGUGGUUGACAUGGAAGUGAGAAAAACAAGCAUUAAAAUUCCCAGCAACAGAUACAAUGAGAUGAUGAAGGUCAUGAACAAGUCCAAUGAGCACGUGCUGGCCGGAGGAGCCUGCUUCAACGAGAAGGCAGACUCCCACCUUGUGUGCGUCCAGAACGAUGAUGGCAACUACCAGACUCAGGCUAUCAGCAUUCAUAACCAGCCGCGAAAGGUCACCGGUGCCGGCUUUUUUGUGUUCAGCGGAGCUCUGAAGGCCUCCUCCGGAUACCUCGCCAAGUCCAGCAUCGUAGAAGAUGGGGUCAUGGUCCAGAUAACUGCCGAGAAUAUGGACUCCUUGAGGCAAGCAUUGCGAGAGAUGAAGGACUUCACCAUCACCUGUGGGAAAGCAGAUGCAGAGGACCCUCAGGAGCACAUUCACAUUCAGUGGGUGGACGAUGACAAAAACUUCAACAAAGGUGUGGUCAGUCCUAUCGAUGGUAAAUCGAUGGAGUCCAUAACAAGUGUGAAGAUAUUCCAUGGCUCGGAGUAUAAAGCAAACGGAAAAGUCAUUAGAUGGACAGAGGUGUUUUUCCUGGAAAAUGAAGAUCAGCACAAUGGCCUGAGUGAUCCUGCAGAUCACAGCCGGCUGACAGAACACGUGGCCAAAGCCUUCUGCCUCGCCCUCUGUCCCCACCUGAAGUUGCUCAAGGAAGAUGGAAUGACCCGGCUGGGACUCCGAGUAGCCCUGGACUCAGAACAGGUUGGCUAUCAGGCUGGGAGUAAUGGGCAGCCUCUGCCUGCCCAGUACAUGAAGGACUUGGACAGCGCCUUGGUGCCCGUGAUUCACGGGGGUGCCUGCCAGCUCAGCGAGGGGCCCCUGGUCAUGGAACUCACCUUUUAUAUCCUGGAGAACAUCUCCUAAGAGACUCGUGGCAGCAGCAGUUGUACCCGAAUCAUUUGCACUUUAAAACUGGAAUAUGAAGCUUUUGUUAACACUAAUCGGUGGGGUGGGGUGGGGUGGGCUGGGGUGGGGGGAGGCAAGUGUCCCAUAAUCCUCAGUCUUCUCUGCAUCAUCCCGGGAAGGUCAGGAUAGGCUUCCCAGCUCCACACAGCUACGCCGUCCCCGCAGCUAAUCCACUUCUGUUACUGUUUAGACAAGGAUACCCAUGUCCCGCGCCUGUGUUUUCAGACUUCACUGGGGAGGGGGUGCAGGGGAGGUAAUAAAAGAUGAAACCCCAGCCUUGCGCUCUUUGUCCAGGGAUGCGUGAGGGGAAAUCACCAAGGACCUGAUGCCAGCACCCUUCCAGCCCCACCACAUCAGUGGUUUCACUGUAGACAUUCCUCAAAAAGUCCCAUUUACCGUUCCGUGGCCAACUUACUAGCCCAAGUGAGUCCUACACCCGUGAGGGCAUCUGUUCAUCUGGAGAUGCAUGGGAAGGACGCCUCUCUGUGGGACAUGGACAUCAGCAGACAGCUGUGUGUCUGGGCAGUUGUUGCACCGGCCCGGUGAAGUCCGACUGAGCAUCACUAAAGCACAUUCCGGGUGAUCUGCCCUUGGUACUUCCUUUAGUCCUUCCCCUGCUAUCCCUGGCUCCCCUCUACCCACCAGGGCAGCUCUAUUUGUCCUGGUGGCCAUGCUUCCAUCACAAUCAAUGCCUGGUCCAGACUAAAGUGUCUGUCCUUGAGUUCAUUCCUUUGCUUUGUCUGUUCUUUGUAAAAAAUAGUCAUCACCAGGCCCAGAGCCUAGUAAUCAGUCACUUAAGGGUCACUUAAAAAAAUUUUUUUUUUUGGUGGGGCAAUGGGGGUUAAGUGACUUGCCCAAGGUGACACAGCUAGUAAGUGACAGGUGUCUAAGGCCGGAUUUGAACUCAAGAACUCCUGAAUCCAGGGCCGAUGCUUUAUCCACUGUGCCACCUGGCUGCCCCUAAGGGUCACUUUUUUAGCUUCCCUUCAGGGACCUAGAGUGUUCUUGUGUCCACAGGUUGCAGAGGCAUCUCUUGGUGUGUGAUGUGAGUCAGGAGAGAGAAUUCCAGCUCCCCUGCUCACUAGCCAUGUGGCCCUAGGUGGCCCUAGGAAUAAUGCCCUUUGAACCACCUGCCGAACCAUGUAGUGAAGACAGAACUUUGUAAGGCCCCAGGCCUCUGGAAGUGAGGGUUGAGGUCGCCCUGUCCUGAGAGGCUGUUUGGCCUUCAGGGUCAGUUGGGCUUUGGGCUGCAUGCCUUCCAAUAGUCACUCUCUUCACUGCAGCCCGAACAAGUCAUUGAAGACCAGAGCAAUGCUGCUGUACAGUGGAAGCAGCUGGGAGCAGGGCCCAGAGGCUCAUGCGUGCCCAGCAGCUGCAUGCCCUGGAGUAAAGGGGCAGGGAAUGGGCUGCAGAUGGUGAUGGGAUACCAUGCCUUGGCCUUGAACUCUUAGAGGUCUUGUUUGUUAGAAUCAUGGUGGCUUUCAGAAUUUUACAAAGAACCUUGUGAAGGGUCAGUGGGAUAGUUAUUUUUAUUUAGAGCCUCCUUUCAGAGGGAGAAUCCAAGAAAGGUGAAGUCAUUGACCCUGAAGUCUGACCCAGGGUCACUCACAGUGUGUGAAGAGCUGAAACUCGGGUAUGGAGACCCUGAGGUCCUACCACCAUCACACAGCAAGCAGGCCUCAGUGGACCAACUCCCAGCUCAUUAUGUUAAAGUUGUCAGGGUUGUCUGUCAACCCACCAAUUGUACGACCCAGAAAAUGAAGCUCAGGGUCACACGAGGUCGCCGGUAUUAAAGCUGUUGUUUGAAAUCAUCUCCUCCACAGUAGCUCACACAAGCUAAGACCUAGCAGGGGAUCUCAGUGGAAUCCGGUCCAACCCAUAUUGAAAAAAGCAUCUUCACUAUAACCCUCCUAACUUGUGAUAAGGAUCUAGUUGAUAAAGCACUUCUUGAGUAUCUUACUAGUGCUGUGCUAAAAGGUUCUUGUUGAGUCUAACUCUGUGACCCCUUUUGGGCUUUUCUUGACAAAGAUACUGGAGUGGUUUGCCA